AUGAACAAGGCAGAUUCCGAUGAUUUUAACAUUCUCAGGCUGAAUUCAUCUGUGGAAAGCGACAACGACAAGCACAGCCCGUUCCGAAAAACUUUAGUCUGUUUUGACGUUCUCCGGCGACAAACUGACGCGACCUCUACCUCUCCUUUCGAUUCUCACCUCUAUCUCUCACUCAAUUUCACCCUCUCUUCCCCUUCGAUUCUCCAAUCUCUCUCAAAUCUGUGUGUUUUAGGUGUGUGUAUAUCAGUGUCCUGUGAGAAAGAAAAAAUGAAGUCUCUGGUAGCGUGUGUACCAGUGAAGAUGAUCGUAGAGCUUGUGCAGCAAAUUCAUAGUGAUAUUAAGAAAUUUGCGAGAGUGAUGGGUCUAACUUGUGUACCUGUGUAUGGAGGUUCUGGUGUUGCUCAACAAAUUAGUGAGUUGAAACGAGGAGCUGAAAUUGUUGUGUGCACUCCAGGUAGGAUGAUCGAUAUUCUUUGUACAAGUGGUGGGAAGAUCACGAAUCUGCCAAGAGUCACUUACUUGGUCAUGGAUGAAGCUGAUCGGAUGUUUGAUAUGGGAUUUGAAUCUCAGAUAGCAAGUAUUGUCCAAAACACACAGCCAGACCGUCAAACAGUCCUGUUCUCUGCAACAUUUCCUCGUCAGGUUGAAAUACUAGCCCGUAAAGUAUUGAACAACCCUGUCAAAAUACAGGUAGGUGGUAGGAGUGUUGUGAAUAAGGAUAUAACACAAUUGGUUGAGGUGAGGCCAGAAAGUGAUAGAUUCCUUCGACUUCUUGAAUUGCUUGGUGAAUGGUGCGAAAAAGGUAAAAUUUUGAUAUUUGUUCACACACAGGAGGAAUGUGAUUCUUUGUUUAGAGAAUUAAUCAAGCCUGGUUAUGGCCGUUAUGGCUGCGCCUCUCUUCAUGGGGCAAAGGAUCAGAUUGAUCGGAAGUCCACCAUAUUUAACUUUAAAAAUAAUACAUGUAAUUUGUUGAUUGCUACUAGUAUAGCAGCAAGGGGCUUAGAUGUGAAGGAGCUUGAAUUGAUAAUCAAUUAUGAUGUUCCGAACCAUUAUGAGGACUAUGUUCAUCGUGUUGGGCGGACUGGACGAGCUGGUAGGAAAGGUUGUGCCAUUGCAUUCAUAUCCGAAGAUGAUGCAAGAUAUGCACCUGAUCUUGUAAAAGCUUUACAAUUGUCGGAGCAAGUUGUUCCAGAUGACCUGAAAGCUCUUGCUGAUAGUUUCAGGGCGAAGGUGAAUCAGGGACUUGAGCAAGCACAUGGGACUGGUUAUGGUGGUAGGGGUUUUAAAUUUAACGAAGAAGAGGAUGAAGUGAGAAGAGCAGCCAAAAAGGCACAGGCAAAAGAAUAUGGAUUUGAGGAGGAUAAAUCAGAUUCAGAGGAUGAUGAUGAAGGAAUUAGAAAAGCAGGCGGCGACCUCAGUCAGCAGGCUGCCCUUGCUCAGGCUGCUGCUCUCGAUGCUGCUUCCAAAGCGAGUAUGGCUUCAGCAGCAACUCCAGUUUCCAUUGGUCAGCUUCUUCCUAAUGGUGUAUUACCUGUUGCAUUGCCAGGUGUACUUGGUAUUAACAUACCAGGCACAACAGCAGUUGCUGCUGGAAAUGGACUGCCAGUCGGCUCAGCACGUGCCUUAAACUUGCGGCAGAAAUUAGCAAAGAUUCAGGCUGAUGCAAUGCCUGAACAUUAUAUAGCAGAAUUAGAGAUCAAUGAUUUUCCUCAAAACGCUCGCUGGAAGGCUACGCACAAGGCAACUUUGGAUCCUAUUUCUGAAUGGACAGGAGCUGCCAUUACCCCUCGAGGACAGUAUGCUCCACCUGGCAAGGUACCAGAGUCGGGGCAAAGGAAGCUGUACUUGUUCAUUGAAGGCCCUACAGAGCAAUCUGUCAUGAGAGCAAAAGAACAAGUUUUGAAGGACAUUACCAUGCAAGCAUCAUCACUUCGUGGUUCAGCUCAAUCAGGCAGAUACUCGGUUGUGUGAGAAUGGAUGUCGUUGCCAUUGGUAUUGUUUCUUUUUCGACUUUUAUCUAUUCAGGCAUAUUAUUUCCUAAGUUUUGUCGCUCGAUUUAGAGAUGACUUACCUUUUAAUGAUGUAAACAGGUUUAACUAGAUACAUGAUUAUUCUCACUGAUCAGCCAUGGUUUGUUCCUCUGCUAUAUGAUUUUAUAAAUCCCGUUAUCAUUAAGUUGAAAUUUCGAUUAUCUAUAUUACUUGAUUCCCUUACUGAUAGUACCAUCAAAGCUUUGAAACUGCCGCAGGGAGAUUCCACGAAGUUGCACAGGAAGAAACAUGGUAUUCAGUCACCCCGACUAAUAUCUUGGUUAGGAAAGAAAUAACAUGUGGUAACUUUUAGCACAAUUACUUGAAUUUCUGUUACUUAUAUGUUAUAGCAAGAAUUGCUUGAGUUACUAUGCAUGAGGAAUCAUCAUAUAUGCAUAAAGUUGAUGACGGAAUCUCUUCACGCGUUCUUAAUUUCGUCGGUUAUUUAUGCAGCAUACGUCAAUGAGCUCAGAUAGCAAGAUUCUUACUGUUGUUGGAGAUGAUCUCACUGACUUACUUGUUGAUUCCAGCAACAGAAAGGAUUAAAUUAUUACCACCUUCAAAUCCGAUGAGAUGAGAAGUUCCGCAUUGUGUGUUUACCUCGUAUCAGUUCUUAAUUCAGGAAGUGGAGUCUGAACUAUGUGACCAGUAGCAGUUGCAUUUUUCUCGUAGUUGCCUGUCUUACGACUUUUCCUACUCGUUAUUUAUUGUGCUUUAGUUAUCACAUUAUUUGGUUAUUGUUAUUGUUAUUUUUACGAAUGAAUUUUCCUUUUGACUGCUUUGAUGUGCAUUACUCGAGCCAAGGGUCUUUCGCAGACAGCCUCUCUACCUCCAUAAGAUAAGGUCUGCGUACUCUUUACACUCAGUUUCUGAUCUCAUAAAUCUGUUCUAAUUAAAGUUCUUUACUGUCUUUCGCAUCUUCAUGGCACGCUGAUGGCCGCACCUCUGUGACUGAGAAUCAAGAUAAAACCUUCCGAAUUUGGGACUUGAGAAACCUGCCACCACCUACAGCAGUGCUGAAGGAAAACAUGGGUGCUGUCCGAUCGAUCAGUUACUCAUCAGAUGGGCGGUUCUUGGUAGUGGCUGAACCCGCAGAGUUUGUCCACAUUUACAAUGCCGAAGGAGAGUACAAGAAGCGUCAUGUUUGGCGAGAUAUCCAUCUAUGAGUCCAGAUGAGUCUCUUUAUUUGGAAUCUGGGAUCAAACAUAUGCAUGCUUUGCUGCAAUACAGCAGUAGACAACGAUAACAACAACAACAACAUACUCAAUGUAUUCCCACAAAGUGGGGUUUGGGGAGGCUAAAGUGUACGCAGUCCAUACCACUACCACAACAGUAGACAUUCUUCUAAAUACGUCGAUUUGUUCUUUUAAACCUCAUUUUAACAAAACAUCAUUUUUCAAACCUGUUUUGAAAAUGUUUUUCUUGAGUUGAGCUAAGGGUCGAAACAACCUCUUUAUCCCACAAAGGUAGAGGUAAGAUUUGUGUACAUCUCAUCUUCCCAGGCCUAUUGUGUGAGGUCGCGCUAAGUAUGUUCUUGUAAACCUCAUCGUAACAGGUUACAUCAAAUUAUCAGGCAACAUUUGUGAGACUACACUAGGUUCAUUCGUGCCCCGGUACUUUAAUAAGUAAAACAUAAGUGGUCGAAGAUAUUCUUGACAUUCAAAUAACAAAUAAUUUUGUCUCGACAUAAAUUUAUGUUUUUGUAUCAUUUAAGUUAUGCCCCUUAAUUCCUCUCAAGCUUAUGUCAAUAGAGGUUAAAGUUUUGUUCAGAACUCACAAGUUGCACCGUAAAAGGUA